CUACCUUUUCGAAUAUCUUUUUUUUUUUUUUUUCCUUCUCUGUUUUGGUAUGGAUCUAAAAACUAGGGUCGUCUAUAAUGGCCAAAGUUUCACGAAAUUGGGUGUGUCAGCGAGAAAUCGCGUCCAAUUUGAAGGUCUAAUUCAACAUCGGCGCAGUUCACACUCCACGAAGACAUCAGCAGCCCACAAAACGAUAUUCUCGGGGAUACAGCCAACCGGCGUACCACACUUGGGUAAUUAUUUGGGAGCUUUGCGUGAAUGGGUUCAAUUACAAAAUGGUGCCACAGAGGGAACAAAAUUGUUAUUCUCUGUAGUUGACCUUCACGCCUUGACAGUGCCUCAAGAUGCUCCCUGGUUACGGAAUUGCAAGAAGGAGAUGUUCGCGACCCUUCUUGCCGUAGGUUUAGAUCCUGCAAGGUCGGCGAUAUUCUACCAAUCCGAUGUCUCCGCACACACCGAAUUGUUCUGGAUACUGAGCACAGUGGCCUCUAUGGGGUAUCUGUCACGUAUGACCCAAUGGAAGAGCAAGCUUCAAUUACCGGAGAAUACAAAUCUGGAAGACUCAGCAGCAAGGGCGAAACUUCGGCUGGGCCUAUUCUCAUAUCCCGUUCUCCAAGCAGCAGACAUCUUAGUCCAUAGGGCUACACAUGUGCCCGUGGGGGAGGACCAGAGGCAACAUCUUGAAUUUUCCAGAAACACGGCAAAUAGCUUUAAUCACCUCUACGGGUCCAUUUUCCCACUACCUGAGGCGCUCAUAUCACCCGCAAAACGAGUGAUGUCUUUCAAAGAACCAACUCUGAAGAUGUCGAAAUCCCACCCCGAUGAACGAUCAAGGAUUUUGCUCUCGGAUACCCCAGAAGAUAUUCACAGAAAGAUAAAGGGCGCACUUACGGACUCGGAGCCGCAGCUCAAAUAUGACCCAGAUAACCGUCCAGGCGUCUCUAACUUGAUCGAAAUUCUCGCUCAUUUUGAAGGCAAAUCGUGCGAAGAAGUGGUCUCAGAGUUCCAGCAUUCAAGCCUUGGGGCUCUAAAGGGACACGUUGCUAGCAGAAUUGCUAACCAUCUCCAGCCGAUCAGGGAGAGAUAUAUUGCUCUCAUAGAAAACAAAACAGGUUACCUUGAAGAUGUUGCGAACCAAGGCAGCCAGGUCGCGCGUUCCAACGCUGAAAGGACUAUGAAGCAAGUUAAAGAAGCACUAGGUUUGUGAACCUGUAUGUUAUGAUCUGCAAUAACAUGCCGGCCAUUUAUCUACGUUUAGAUCGGCUGUAUAGUGAGUGUCGUCAAACGUCGUCUCCCGGAGUGCAUACUCAUUAGAUGGAAAGAACGGGGUCUUCUACAGUAUGCCGGGCAUACUUGGGCAUGUCUGAUAGUAUUCCGCUAUUGUCGGUGUAUCGUGGUCCCGUGGAUCGGUUGAUAGGGCCGGUUUGAGUAAAUUUAGGGCUCGGGCUAGCACUUUAGUCGACCACCAAAGGCAUACAGAAUUACCCCGGAGACCAUCUGUGGAAAGGGAAUCGACAAGAGGAAAAUAGGAAGAUAUGCUAUGAGAACAUUUUGUCAAAAGUGUUCAAAUGUAAAAACUAAUAGUAGUAUGUACUGCAUAGAUGAUAACAGUGAUGUGAGUCAUAUUACCGCGUACAACCU